AUGGCUCUGCAGGAUGUGUGCAAGUGGAAGGUCCCUGACCCCCAGGAACCAUCCCUGCAUCUGCCUCAGGUUGGUGGCUGGGCUGUGCCCCGGGGCUGUGCCCCUCAAACUUUCCUGCGGCUCCACAGCCCCAGGCUGGCCCAUGGCACCACCACCCUGGCCUUCCGCUUUCGUCAUGGAGUCAUUGCUGCAGCUGACACACGCUCUUCCUGCGGCAACUACGUGUGCUGCCCGGCCUCAUGCAAAGUCAUCCCUGUGCACCAGCACCUCCUGGGCACCACCUCUGGCACCUCUGCCGACUGUGUCACAUGGUACCGGGUGCUACGGCGGGAGCUGCGGCUGCGGGCACUGAGGGACGGCCAGCUGCCCAGCGUGGCCAGUGCUGCCAAGCUCUUGUCAGCCAUGAUGGCCAGCUACCGGGGACUGGAUCUCUGUGUGGCCACUGCUUUGUGUGGUUGGGACCGCUCCGGCCCUGCCCUCUUCUAUGUCUACAGCGACGGCACCCGUCUGCAGGGGAACAUCUUCUCGGUGGGCUCUGGCUCUCCCUAUGCCUAUGGUGUGCUAGACCGUGGCUACCGCUACGACAUGACCACCCAGGAAGCCUACGCCCUGGCUUGCCGUGCUGUGGCCCAUGCCACCCGUCGCGAUGCCUACUCAGGGGGGUCUGUAGACCUUUUCCAUGUGCGGGAGGGCGGAUGGGAGUACAUGUCACGUAACGAUGCCUGGGUGCUGUACGCACAGCUGCAGGAGCUCCCAGAGCUGGACGAGGAGGACGAGGAGGAAGCCAGCCAGGCCCACCCUGAGCCUGUCAACUGCCACAGGGCUGAUGAAGGUGUAGAACUCUGUGGGGGCCAGCCUGGGAGAGUCCAGGAUGCCUGCAGAGACUGA